AUGACACAAGUUCUUGAGCCCAAACCUGCAUUAGACAAAUUGAAAAAUAAAAAAAUUAUCUUUGUUGUUGGUGGACCAGGAUCAGGAAAGGGUACACAAUGUGAACGAAUUGUUCAACAAUAUGGUUUCACACAUUUAAGUACUGGAGAUCUUCUUCGUGAAGCUGUCCAAUCAAAAUCUGAACGAGGCGAACAAUUAAAUGCCUUAAUGAAAGAAGGAAAAUUAGUGCCAAUGGAAGUUGUUCUCGAGUUACUCAGAGAUAAUAUGAUUGCAAAAGCAGAUGGAUCGAAAGGUUUUCUCAUUGAUGGAUAUCCACGUGAAGUUCCACAAGCAAAAAAAUUCGAAGAAAUGAUUGCUGUAUGCAAUCUUGUUCUUUAUGUAAAAGCGAGUGAUGCCACUAUGACAAAACGAUUAUUACAUCGCGGUCAAACAUCUGGUCGAGUUGAUGAUAACGAAGAAACAAUUAAAAAUCGCUUGAAAACAUUUCACGAUCAGACCUUUCCUGUUUUGGAUUUAUAUGAAAAACAAGGCAAAUUAGCUGAGGUCAACUCGGAAUUGGCACCGGAUGAUGUUUUUAUUGAAGUACGUGGUGCUCUUGAUAAGCUCGCUUAA